ACCGGCACUCCCGUAGUCCCGUCCUCACAGGCGUUCAGCAGUUCCCGUCUGACGUUCUUGCCGUUCGCAGUCUGUUCGUUGUGUUUGUGCUGUGCGAUAUUUUUUAUUUUAUUUUUUUUAAAAUUUUUGUGAUCGCUGAAGUGUUUCGAAUACUUAACUUUCAGUCACGCCAAAUUUUUUUUUUUUAUCAUUUAAAAGAAGAAAACGUUUGUUAGUUUUUUUCUUUUAUCCGAGUACGACUUUUCGGUUCGAAGUGUGUUUCAACCGUUUGGCCGUUUACUAUGGCAAUCAUGGACUCGAAUCCGGAGAGCAAUCAGUACCAGUAUAUUCAAGACACUUCUUUAGCUUCGUUGGACUCCAAGACAAGCCCACUUGCCAUGUUGGUUCGGACCUGCAGCCAGAUCGGUGCAGAUCCGCCAAUGGCAGCCGCUGCUAAAUCGAAAAAACCCGCCGCCGCCGCUCCAGUUUCGGCCACAGCCGCCGCUGCCGACCGGCCACACAGUGCGUCACCGGCCUCCGCAGCAGUGGCGUACUUAGGCCACGGGGCCGCCAAGCACCACCGGACUAACAUCAACAACAAUUACAUGGAAGACACGCCCAAACCUGCAAAGUUGAACUUUAAACCGUAUGAGAACACCGUUUCAACACCGACGCCGCAUCACCACAUGCAGCACGCCGUACAGCACCACCAUCACCACCCUUCGCCCUACGGUCUGCAUCAGCUGAAUUCCAAUCAUCAUAACAACAAUAACAACAACAACAACAACAACAACGACGACGACAGCCGGCCCAAGAGCAGCAGCUCGGAAGAUAACGGCAACAGUGCUGGCCACGGCAAGAAGCGCAAGUCCGCUUCGCCACGUGACGAAUACAGCGGGGCGCACCACAAGAGCAGCCGCCGGUCGUCGUCGUCGGCUUCGUCUUCCGAAACCGCAGCGGCCGCGUCCACCGCUUCAUCCGCCCACGACCCGUCCACCAACCCGAUCAUACGGUCCGGUCUGGAAGUCAUGCACGGCGCCACGGCCAAGGCGUUCUGCCCACCGCCGCCGAUGCCCGCGCACUCGCCGUACAAAUCACACGACCCGCUGGCCGCCUUCAGGCACACGUACCUGCCCGGCGCCCCGUGGAUGCCGGCUGCCGUAUCUCUAGCCGCGGCCGCGGCAGGAAAGCCGUCGCCUUCAUCCGACUGCAAAGAUCCGAUGUGCGGUGGCCCGGCGUCCGGGUGCGGCCAGCAGCAGCAGCAUGCAGCGGCCGCGGCCGCUCUGGCGUUCGCCACCCAAUACCAUCCGAUGAUGGCCGCGGCCGGCGCGUGUCCCGCCGGUUGCGUGCAGUGCGACCACCAGCGGUACCUGUCCUCGCUGAUGGCCGCUGCUUCCGUGCCCGCGUUUUACGCGCCCGUGGCCCGCCCGUACACUUGCAGCUGGGUGAUUCCCGGCGGCCACAUGCAGUCGUCGUCGCCCGCCACCGCCGCCACCGAAUCGGCCAAUGCGGCAUCGCUGUGCGGCAAGAGCUUCAGCACGUCCGACGAACUGUUGCAGCACAUCCGCACGCACACGUCCGCCGGCGGUAGCACCGUCUCCGCAGCCGCUUGCAUGGCUGCCGGCGCCGCGGGCCCGAUGUCGCCCACCACGGCGGCAGCGUUCUCCGCCUACAACAGCCACUUGUCCCGGCACUUGUUCCAUCACCCGUCCGCAGCCGCGGCUUACGGCAAACCGCCGUCCAUGAUGCCACCGUCGCCGUACAGCGCGUUCAACCCGACGGCCGCGUACUGCUACCCGCCGCCGUCCGCGGCCGCCGCAGCCGCAGCCGCGUACCAUCACCACCACCAUCAGCAGCAGCAGCUGUACUCGCCCCGCGGCGACACGUCCUCCGCCACCGUCAGCCGUUAACGUCAGAGCGCUGCAACAAUUUAUUUUUAUUAUUUCAUCGAUAUAUAGUGACACUGUGAUAGCCGCUUAAUAUAUUGUAUUAUGUUAUUAUUAAUCGUCCGGCAUACCGAUUAGCAAACAUCGAUAAAUGUGCGACACGAUAUUUUUCUCACUCACUCACUCUCUCUCUCUCUCUCUCUAUCUCUCAAUCUCCGGACGACACAUUAAUAUUUGUUUUGUUAUAUUAUUAUUAUCAAUUAUCAUCAUCGUCGUGUGACGUGUAUGGGUAGUAGGUAACCUACCUACCUACUACUUACUGCAAUCCGUCUUUUUUGCCCACCCGCGGGGGGUCUCGCGAGCGAUAUACGGUCUGCGCGUGGUGUGUGUGCGUGUAUGUAUUAUAAAUGUGAUGUAUUUACUUUAAUUUAUUAUUUCGUGUAAUUAUUAUCAUAAUAUGACCGUCCUCGGUCUUGCAGGAUACGAUAUGAUGAUUUUUUUUAUUAUUAUUGUGUUUUUUUUUUCAAAAUUUUUUUUUUGUUAAUUAUUGUAGACGCGCCGCAUGCAAUGCCACCACACCAACACUAUAAAACUACUCUAUUGAUUUACGAGUUAUUUAUUAGUAGUACCUACUCUCUCGUUUUUAUUUUUUUUCAUUUUAUUACGACCUCGUUGUUAUUUUAAUUUAAUACCGACGGCGUGUGUGAUUUAUCGUCGUCGUCGAUGUUUUAUAUUAUACACACCAUAAUAUAUUAUUAUGUAUUACAUUAGAUUAUUAUUAUUAUUAUUAUUAUUAUUAUUAUUUACCUACUCGUGUACAAAAUAAUAUUUGUGUCAAAAAUAAACGAUAAACUAAAACGUUA